AUGUUGACUUGUGCUUAUUUUUGGAAUUUAGGACCAUAUAUGGAUAAGGAAUGUAAAUAAGGAGCGGAGAAAGAAUAAAAGUAAACCCAUAUUACCUGACUUGGUUCAGGUUAAGGGAUCGCCUUCUUCAAUACUGCCUGGAUCCUCGAUGGAUGGUGACGAUGUCUGUUGUGUUUGUGGAGAUGGAGACGUUAACAACGUCAACCAAAUAAUCUAUUGCGAUAUGUGCAACAUUGCUGUUCACCAGGAUUGCUAUGGCGUGCCUUAUAUCCCAGAGGGACAGUGGUUAUGUCGCCGGUGCAAACUUUCUCCGUCUGCUCAUGUGGAGUGUUGUUUGUGUCCGAAUACAAGUGGUGCCUUCAAGCAAACGAGUGAUGGAAGAUGGGCUCACGUCAUAUGUGCCAUUUGGUUGAAUGAGGUUCAUUUCGGUAAUCUAGUUUUUCUGGAGCCUAUUGAAGGUGUUGACGCUUCAUUAGAACGCCGCUGCAAGUUGAAAUGCUUAGUAUACUCAACUUUCAACCGUCAGUGGAAAAUCAUGGGUGCGUGUCUCCAGUGUUCAACUCGUAGUUGUCUUAAAGCGUUCCAUGUGACAUGUGCGCAGCAGUCAGGAAUGACGAUGAAGAUCGAGAACAAUUUCGACCCUGAUAAUGCAGAAAUGAUGGACGUUCAAGUAGGUCACCUUUUUCGAAUAUUGGCUAGUUUUAUGCCAACACUUUCUAUGGAAUCGAUAGGGACCAUAAAGGACUUGGUUGGAUUCGACAUCGAGGACAUAGCUCAGUACUGGUACCUUAAGAGGAAAAGCCGAUGUGGUGUUCCUCUUAUACGAAGACUGCAGGUAUGGAAUAUAUUUCGAUCUUCAAUGACACCUAAGUCACACACUGAAAGGUACUUGUUCUUAACGAUGCCACUUUAG